UUCACUGCAGAGUGUCGCAUUACACGAGAACAAGCAUAUAAACACAUAGCAAGAGAAGCAAGUCUCCUCGACAUUGAAGAACGAUCCCGCAAAAGAAAAGUUUUCCGAUUGGUUAAUUUAUACUCUUGUUAAUUUCACACGCUUACUUGAGAUUCCCUGUGUCUGAUUGCAUCUCAAGCUUCGGCUGCGAGAGUUUCUUUGAUUUCUAUGUAAUUUUGCGAUUGGAAUCGGCGAAUUCACGGUUGUGUCGACAGUUUUGGGGGAAAUUGUUGAUUCGAAGUGUUAUUCGUCGAAAUGCGGGUUUCAGGUAUUUCACUAAUCGACAUUUGAAUAAUUGAAGGGCAGUGGAUCCUUUUUGUGCAAUUAUGGCUGGAGAGAUCGAAGAACCAUUCAGCUUUAGCUUUCAGGCAGACUCUUUCCGCUCUGGCUCUAUAUCAUUUGGGAAAUACGAAAAUGAGUCCUUAUCUUGGGAAAGGAGGUCAUCUUUCUCGCACAACAGGUACCUAGAAGAGGUUGAGAAAUGCUCAAAGCCUGGCUCUGUUAUCGAGAAGAAAGCUUAUUUUGAAGCUCAUUUCAAGAAGAAGGCGAUGCUGCAUCAGAAUUCGUCUGGGGGCCAAAAUGGGAGAGAAUAUGACACCAGUGACAAUGAAGUCCUGGAGAACAUAAAUUACAAGGAAGAAUAUGAUAAUGUGAAUGAAGGUAGUGAACCCGCUUCCACUAAUGGAGGUUUAUUGGGGAAUCCGAAUAAUUGGGAAGAUAACAAUGGAGAAGAAAGGAACCAAUUAAAUUAUGUAGAUGAUGCUAGCCAUUCUGCUCACUUUAAAAAGGAAUUGGGGAAUGUGGAUUAUGGUGAAGAAUUUGAUAGUCGAUUUGGAUAUUUAGAUGAUAGUGGUACACAAUGUGCUUAUUAUGAUGAGAGCCCCAAAGGAUCAGAACACCGGAAAGAAAGUGAAGUAGCAGCCUGUGGAGUAGAUGAUUCCAUGGUUUUUCCCUCUGGCCUUGAGAUUGAAGCUUCUAUGAGCAAGUCUAAUAGUUUAGAUGGUUUUCAGGAAGAUGGUAUGCAAGAACCAAAUCAAACUGAAAUAUGCUCUGGCAAGUUACUUGUUGAUGAUGGUGAAACUGAGAUGGAAGUAAACCGGAGGCCUGAUGAUAUUAGCAUUAGUUUUGAAUCAUCUAGGCCUUUUAACUCAUCGCCAAAGAAUAAAACUGGCAAGAAAGUUAGUAAAUCUAGUCUUGAACAUCGUCGGACCCAUUCUGCAGAGUUGAUGGCUGCUGUAGCAAGUAAAUCAACUAAACCAAGGCUGAAAUCUCUGGUCAGUACAGUUGCAAAAGGCUCUUCCAGUGACCCCUCAAAAACAUCUGCAAAGAAUCAGAAUAUAAUGGAAAAAGAGAGUCAGCAGAGACCAAAAAAAGAAAAACAGCCAUCACAAGUUGCAAUUCCAACUAGACAUUGGCUGAACAGAAAUGCAAAGAAAGAAAUCAGUGAUACUGAGAUAACCAAAACUAAACCAAAUAUUGAAAGGAAAAGUGAAAAGGUGAUAAGGACGAAGAAUGUAAUUGAACCACAAUCUUCUGCAUCAAAAGUUGAACCCAGAGUACAUGAUUCGUCAAACAGACUUAAGAAUACUGUUGCUCUGACUAAGUUGGACAUAAGAACAAGUGCUGCAAGUUUUGAUUUCAAAAGCUCUGAACGAGCGGAGAGGAGAAAAGAGUUCUACAAGAAAUUGGAGAAAGAAAUGCAUGCUAAAAAAGCUGAGACGAAUCAGCUCCUAGCAAUAACCCAGGAAAAGAAAGAGGCCGAGAUUAAACAAUUCAGGAGAAGCCUUAAUUUUAAAGCAACACCAAUGCUUUCCUUUUAUAGUGCUGGCUUAAUUGGGAACAAGGCUGCAUCAUCCAAACACAAACCAGGCAAGGUACAUAAUAAGUUGAAUACUGGAGCUGCUGUGAGAUCGACACCGCUUUUCAAGGCAGGAAAUAAUUGGACUGCAGAGCAAUCUGAAGUUCAUGCACUACCAUUGAUUCCACCGACUAAUAACAAGUUACCAAGAAGCAAUACCGAAUGAUGGGAUGACUGGGAAGAAAGUGCGGGGGGAAAUGCAGAAGCAUCGAGUUCCAGACAACAAUAAAAUGAUGAAAGAUCUGAAAGUCAGAGGGAAGCUGAAAGCAGGAGCUAGGAGAAACCAUGGUGAGGUAGCAAGUAAUGAGAUGAGAUGCACUGAGAUUGACGACAGUUAUAGAAUGGCAACAGUAAUGAGAUAGGAUGCUACGCUUGUUUGCAGCCUUUCUACUUCCAGGAAAUUGUGUACAUCUAUUUCUUUUCGGUGGAAAAAGCAAAGUGAAAUCUGGAGAUUUUGGGUUUUGUCCAAGUGCUUUUCUCAGAAUCUCAGGUAUGCAGAUGGCAAAUAUCGUCGCAACCACUUACUCUUGAGGUAGUUCCCAGUAGUUUGCCAUUCUGAUUGUGCUAAAAUUGCACAGAUAAAGCAGGGAUGUGAUAUGAAGCUGGAAAAAUGUAAAACCGGUCGGCUGAUUUGCUGAUUUCAUGUUACCAUAUUUCUUAAGAAUCAAUGCAAAAAUGCUAUCAUACAA